AAUUGUGAUGGGAGACCGCUUGGGACAGAAGGGCCCGGCUGGGCGGAGACGAAUGCCAUUUCUCUUUUUGCUGUCUUUGUUCUGUCCGGUGCUCCCAGAGCAGGUCCGCUACACUAUUCCCGAGGAGCUGGCCAUGGGCUCACUGGUGGGGAACCUCGCCAAGGAUCUGGGGAUUGGCAUACAAGAUUUGCCUACCCGAAACCUGCGGAUUAGUGCACAGAAGAAAUUCUUUACAGUGAGUACUGAGAACGGGGACUUACUUGUGAGCGACCGUAUAGACCGAGAGCAGAUUUGUGGCAAGAAGUCAACGUGUGUUCUAGAAUUCGAAAUGGUCGCAGAAAAGCCUUUGAACUUCUUUCAUAUAAAUGUGGUAAUUCAGGAUGUCAAUGAUAACCCACCGACCUUUAGCCAAAAUAUCACUGAACUGGAAAUCAGUGAACUGGCCCUAACUGGAGCCACUUUCUCUCUGGAAUCCGCUCAAGAUUUAGAUGUAGGUAUCAAUUCCCUGCAGCAGUACUACCUCAGCCCCAAUCCGCACUUCUCUUUGAUUCAGAAGGAGAACCCAGAUGGCAGUAGGUACCCAGAACUGGUAGUAAAGACUCCCCUGGACAGGGAAGAGCAGUCCUGCCACCACCUGGUCCUCACCGCUGUGGAUGGGGGGGACCCAGCAAGAAGCUGCACUACCCAGGUAAGGGUGGUUGUGGCAGAUGCAAAUGACAACCCACCAGUGUUCACCCAGGAUGUGUAUAGGGCCACUGUUCAAGAGAACCUGCCCAUGGGCUCCUCUGUACUAUGUGUGAUGGCCACUGACUUGGAUGAGGGGGUCAAUGCUGAGAUCACAUAUGCUUUCAUCAACACUGGCAAUGUAGUGAGACAGCUGUUCAAGCUGGACAGUAAAACAGGGGAACUCACCACUGGUGGAGAACUGGACUUUGAAGAGAGAGAGAGCUACACAAUUGGGGUGGAAGCAAAGGAUGGUGGACGACACACCGCACACUGUAAAAUACAAAUAGAUAUUUUGGAUGAAAAUGACAAUGCUCCUGAGGUAACCUUGGAUUCUGAAUCUAAACAUAUUCAAGAAGAUGCUGAGCUGGGGACUGUUCUUUCCCUGAUCAAAACACGUGACCUGGAUUCUGGAUUUAAUGGGGAAGUUUUCUGCCAACUAAAAGGAAAGUUCCCAUUUAAGAUAGUUCAAGAUACACAAAAUACAUACAAGUUGGUCACAGAUGGAGCCCUAGAUCGAGAACAGACUCCAGAAUACAAUAUCACCAUCACAGUCACAGACAGGGGAAACCCGCCUCUCUCCUCCAACAUAAGUGUCACCUUGAACAUAAUUGAUGUCAACGACAACGCGCCAGUUUUCCAACAGCCUUUCUAUUUGGUUCACAUUGCCGAGAACAACCCUCCUGGAACCUCCAUCGCUCAAGUCAGCGCCUUUGACCCGGAUCUGGGGCCCAACGGUCGCGUCUCCUACUUCAUCGUGGCCAGCGACCUAUACUGUGCUUCUUUUACGAAUACAAAAGAUUCCACGCUGACACACUGGCAUCCAGAAGCACAACAGGAGAUAGCCCAGCGUCUAAACAAGAUCGGCACAACAAUGGCGGCUCCGCAGAGGGGUGGGGAAUACAGAAGAUUCAUCCUGCUCUCCAUCCUCCUGGGAACCCAGAGGGAAGCUUGGGCAGGACAUAUUCUCUACUCUGUGCCAGAGGAGACAGACAAAGGAUCUUUUGUGGGUAAUAUCGCUAAGGAUCUGGGUCUGGAGCCCGGGGAACUGGAGGAGCGUGGAGUCCGCAUCGUCUCCAGAGGUAGGACGCAGCUUUUCGCUCUGAAUCCGCGAAGUGGCAGCUUGGUCACCGCGGACAGGAUAGACCGGGAGGAGCUCUGUGCUCAGAGCGCGCGGUGCCUAGUGAACUUUAACAUCCUAAUGGAUAAAAUGAAUCUUCACCCAGUAGAAGUGGAAAUAAUAGACGUUAAUGACAACGCUCCUAGAUUCUUGACGGAAGAAAUGACUGUGAAAAUAACGGAGAACACAGCUCCUGGGGUGCGGUUUCCGUUAAAUGAGGCUCGGGAUCCAGAUGUGGGCACGAACUCUCUCCAGAGCUACCAGCUCAACCCCAAUCAUCACUUCUCCCUGGUAGUGCAGACUGGAGACGAUGGAGGUAAAUAUCCAGAAUUAGUGCUGGAAAGGGUGCUGGAUCGAGAGGAAGAGGCGGUUCACCACCUACUCCUUACAGCCUCUGACGGUGGCGACCCACCCCGAUCCCAGACCGCCCACAUCCAAGUAACAGUGGUAGAUGUGAACGAUCACGCUCCAGUCUUCUCUUUGCCUCAGUACCAAGCAACUGUCCCUGAGAAUGUGCCGGUGGGUACGAGAUUGCUAAUGGUGCAUGCCGUUGACCUGGAUGAGGGAGUCAAUGGGGAAGUGACAUAUUCUUUCCGGAAGAUAACUCAGAAGAUUCUGCAGAUAUUCCAGCUGAACCCUCAUACAGGAGAAUUAUCAACUUUAGAAGGCCUAGAUUAUGAAGAGUCCAGCUACUAUGAAAUGGAAGUUCAGGCUCAGGACGGUCCUGGUAGUAUAACAAGGGCUAAAGUAAUGAUUACAAUUUUAGAUGUGAAUGACAAUGCCCCAGAAGUGACUGUAACUUCUGUAAGCAACUCAGUCCCUGAAGACACUCCUCCUGGAACUGUAGUUGCUCUUUUCUACCUUCAAGAUAGAGAUUCCGGCAAGAAUGGUGAAGUAACCUGCACUAUUUCAGAAAAUCUGCCUUUUAAAUUAGAAAGAUCAAUAGACAAUUACUAUAGGUUGAUGACAGCAAAAAACCUAGACCGGGAAAAAUGCUCUGUGUAUAACAUCACACUGAUAGCCACAGAUGGUGGAACCCCACCCUUGUCCUCAGAAACUCACAUCUCCAUGAAUGUGGCAGAUACCAACGACAAUCCGCCUGCCUUCCCUCAGUCCUCCUAUUCUGUCUACAUCCCUGAAAACAAUCCCAGAGGUGCCUCCAUCUUCUCUGUGACUGCAUCCGACCCAGACAGCCAGGAGAAUGCUCGAGUCACUUACUCCCUGUCUGAAGACACUCUCCAAGGGGCUUCCCUCUCCUCCUAUGUGUCCAUCAACUCUGACACAGUUUUCGCCGACAGCUUGCAGGAGGUGCUGCCGGAUGUCAGCGACCGUCCUACACUCUCUGAUCCCCAGGCUGAGUUGCAGUUUUACCUGGUUGUAGCGUUGGCCUUGAUCUCAGUACUUUUCCUUCUGGCUGUGACUCUGGCCAUCGCCUUACACCUUCGUCGCUCCUCUAGCCUCACCACCUGGGGCUGUUUUCAGCCUGGUCUGUGUGUCAAGUCAGGACCUGUGGUUCCUCCCACCUACAGUGAAGGGACUUUGCCUUAUUCCUACAAUUUGUGCGUUGCCCACACUGGAAAGACGGAGUUUAAUUUUCUAAAGUGCAACGAGCAGUUGAGUUCAGAACAAGACAUACUUUGCGAGGAUUCAUCUGGGGCCUUAUUUCCACUUUGCAAAUCCAGUGAGUCAACAUCCCAUCUGGCUCAGAUCUCGGAAAGACCGGCAGAUCCCACAAACUAGCUGCAGGGCUGCAGCG